AUGAAUUCAACUCGAGGGUUUGUGAACAGAUGUGUGCUCGUAUUUGCGCCGCGUGAUGAUAGAACUCAGUGUAGCACAAAGCUUCUUGCCUUCCGCCUCGUCGCUUCUGCUGGGCAGCAGACCGCAGGCGCCGUAAUGGCUUUCUUUUCUCGACCCCAAUCCGCUGCUGUCAAAAUCGUGAAGCCCAACUCCGACGAGGGUGCGUUAAGACCAAAGCAAACACCCCCACCCCGGAAAGGCAGCGGAGAAACUCCUUACAAUAAUAGGCAAUGCCGAAAUGUUGUUAUCUAUGGGCAUUGCAAGUUUCAAGACAAGGGAUGCACGUAUCUCCACCCAACGCAAACCGCUGAGGUACCCGAACCUACCCCUUCUUCUCAUGGUACCCGAUCGAAACAGCAAGAGCCACCCACUGCUAGUCCUCUCGCUCAAGCUAUCAACGCACCUGCCUUUGUUCCUCCACGCGCGGCUUCACGUCCUGCUGAGGGUUCUCCUUCCCUGACUCCGCAAGCAGCAGUCUUUGUUCCUAAAACACCUGCCGGAAUUGCUGUCGCGCGGAAUACGGCUGCUUCCCCACCUCCGGCGGACUCGGUGCACUCCAUCGCUGCCGCUUCAUCCAUUUUGCGGACAGAGCCAGAGGAUCGCCAGCAAGAGAACGGUCACGAGCUACAGCCGGACGCAGAGCAAAAUGGACACCAGGAAUACGGAUAUCAGACCGGGUAUGAGGACUACAAUUAUCAAGGAGCACAAGACGUUACAGACUCGCCUUACUUUGAUCCUAAUCAACUGGAAUAUCACCCUCACGGAUACGACCACGACGCGUCCUAUUUCGCCCACCCCCCAAUGUUCUUGCGUCAACCACUGAACUACCUGCUCUACACGCCGUCCAUGCCGUCCCAGCUUAUCCGGAACACGAUCAACACCCACUUUGUGCCACCGUCCAACGAUCUCCGACAAAUUCUGCAAGAAAGAAGUGAGACGGCAAGAGGUGUGGCACCAGCAGGUUUGGGCCUGCCUGAGGAGUUGCAAGGAUACCACACUCUUGUCCCCUUGGAGCCAACCGGAAAUGCCGAACGAAGGAAGAUGGUCAAUUGGCAUUCAACGGUGUAUCGGGCUAUCAAUGCCACCGAUGGGUUGCCCUAUGUGCUUCGGAGGGUUGAGAACUACCGCCUCAUGCAUCAGGCCGCGUUCGCGCCGAUCGAGCUUUGGUCGCAGAUCCAGCACCCAGGCGUCGUCGCUCUCAAGGAGGCGUUUACCACCAAGUCAUUCAACGACAGCUCCCUCGUGGUGGUGUAUGCGUACCACCCUAACGCGAAGACUCUCUACGAAGCCCAUGUGAAGCCUAAACCCCAGACACAGCAACAGACCGUGUUCUAUGGGCGUCACCACCACCGCCACCAGCAACAACAAACCCAAGUCAUGCCUGAAAACACACUCUGGUCGUACAUCGUCCAAAUCGCCUCUGCGAUCAAGAAGGUGCACGAGCGGGGUCAGGCCGUGCGCAUGAUCGACGUCUCCAAGAUCAUCGUUACGUCGCAGAAUCGUGUCCGGAUUGGCUCGUGCGGGAUCAUCGACGUCCUUCUGUAUGACACGCAGCAGGACGCGAGCUUCCUCCAGCAGGAAGAUCUGCUCGCGUUUGGCCGCCUUAUUUACAUCUUGUGCACGAACAACUUGAGCGCCGCGAACCAGCAGAACAUGCCUAAGAGCAUUGAUGCUGUAAAGAGGCUGUACAGCGCCGAUGUGCAGACACUGGCGCUGUACCUCUGCAGCAAGAUGCAUAAAUCGAUCGAGCACGUUUUGGAGAUGGUCAAGGGAAGGAUCUUGGCAGAGCAUGACGAGGCAUUAAUGGCCACGGAUCGUCUGGAGUAUGAGCUGCUCGGUGAAUUGGAGAAUGCCCGUUUGUUCAGGCUGAUUUGCAAGUUUGGUUUUAUCAACGAGCGGCCUGAGUUUGCUCGUGACGCCCGCUGGUCCGAAACAGGAGACCGGUACAUCAUCAAGCUCUUCCGGGAUUACGUCUUUCACCAGAUCGACGAACAUGGUAACCCGGUGCUCGACCUUGGCCAUGUGCUCACCUGUUUGAACAAGCUCGAUGCUGGCACGGACGAGAAGAUGAUGCUGGUUGCGCGGGACGAGCAGAGCUGUUUGGUUGUAAGCUACAAGGACGUGAAGACCUGCAUUGCAAAUGCUUUUGAUGAAUUGAUGCGUGCGACGACUGCUAGCCAGACAGGAAAGGACCCUUAUAGUAGGGGGUGA